AUGGCAAUGACAACUUGUUUGAUGUGGAUGCAAGAAAAAAAGCUGCAAAAUUAUUUUGGAGACAAGCAGUUUAGCCUUCUCUAUAAGGCCAGUGUCCAUGAAUUCCCUAGUGAAAGUUUGCUUCAGAGAUGCUCUAAACAAGGACCUACUAUAACAGUGAUUUAUAGUGAAGAUCAUAUUGUUGGGGCAUAUGUGCAAAAGAGCUACCUGGAAGACUAUUUCAUUAUCCUUUUUGCCUUUCAAGAGACUGCAAUUUCAGAAUGCAAAAUAGGGCCAUGUCAACUAUCUAUGUUGUUUCGUGAAAGUGAUAGAAAUUCUGAAUUCAAUAUAAACCUAGAGAAAAAAGAGGUGGCUAUUAGCAUAAAUACAAUGGACAAACUUGGACUACCUCACUGUUGUAUUUCCUUCCAGGAAUGUGAAGUUUUUCCAUGUGAAGAUUUAUUGGACAAAAGGAGGAUGGAUGGGGUCACUAAGCUCAAGGACUUAUUGUCUGCUAUAAGAACUUCCGAACCAUAUGGAGGCCUGGUUCACCAAAUACGAAUUCUGCUUUUGGGGCCAGUUGGAGCCGGGAAGUCUAGCUUUUUCAACUCAGUGAAGUCUGUUUUCAGAGGCCGUGUAACAAACCAGGCCUUGGUGGGGUCUAAGACAACUGGGGUAUCUGAAAAGUACAGAACAUAUUUCAUUAAGGAUGGGAAGGGUGGCAACACCCGGCCAUUUAUCCUGUGUGACUCAAUGGGGCUGAGUGAGAAAGAAGAAGGGCUGUGCAUGGAUGACAUACCCUAUAUCUUAGAAGGCUGAAUUCCUGACAGAUACCAGCUAGAGGCAGUUCACAGAGAACUUGGAUGUUCUUCUGACAUCUUUGUGGUUAGUAAUUAUACCUCAGAGUGGGAGCUGGAGCCUGUCAUGGACGUUCUGAACCUCUCUGCAUUGAGACAGAUGCUGUGGGCUGCAGAUGACUUCUUAGAGGAUUUGCCUCUUGAGGAAACAAGCAUAUCUACAGACUCUAAAAUGAUUAAAAAAAAAAAAGCGAAAUCAUUAUAUGACAACCGAAAGCCAAAGGAAGGUGAAGGAUCUAAAGCUGUAGAAUUUAAUGCCAGCAAAGGAUGGUUUGAUAAUUUUAAGAAGAGGUGUGGCUUAAAAAAUAUCAAGAUAAGAGGAGAACCAGCUUCUGCUGACCAAGAGGCAGCAGACGAAUUCCCAGACGCCAUUAAGAAAAUCAUUGAGGAGAAAGGAUUCUCCUGA